AUGCCUUUCAAAGCUGUCGAACAUCCAAAAUGCCCAAAAUGUGGAAAAUCCGUGUAUGCGGCUGAAGAAAUGAAUGCCGGCGGAUAUAAAUGGCAUAAAUUCUGCUUCAAGUGUAGUGAGUUGUUUUUCUACCGUAGUCUGUCUCUUCGCGACGGGACCCAGAGCUUCUCAAUUUUCAAAAUGAGGUGGAUCGAGGCUUUUUGCUUAGGCUGUUUUCAUGGGUUACUGUAGAUUUUUCUGCGGAAAGUCUUGGGCUUUUCAAAAAAUAUCUGAGAACCAUUUUUGUAAUUUUAGAAAAAAAAAUGUGAAUUAAAAAUUUUGAGGUGUAAAAUAAUAAGUCAAAUUUCUGAAUCUGAAAUUUGUUACAGCAAAGUUUUGAAAGCUGAAAAUUCAAGAAGAAAUCUGAAAUUUCAGUUUCAGAAAAGGUCUAAAUUUUCAAUUCAAAAAAUAUUGCUUUCCCAGAAAUUUUUUGAAACUUUCAAAAAAUAUGUGAGAAAUUUCCAGGGAAUCUCUUCUUUAAAAAAUUCAGUCAUUUACAAAAAUUUCUAGAUUUUCACUGCCCUAAAACUCUCUUGAAAUUUCUAAAAUUUUCGAAAAAUGUCUAGAUUUUCUAGGAAAUCUAGUGAAUCUUUCCAAAUUCCAAAAAUCCAGAAAAACUACAGUAACCCAAUUGUUGUCCUCCGUUUUUUUCCUGUCCUCUGUCCAUAUUUUGUCCAUUUUGUCCAUCGCUUUCAAAAUUCUAGGUAUGUGUAAUAAAUUAUUGGAUUCAAUGUCUUGCUGUGAACAUCAGGCUCAAUUAUUUUGUCGGCAAUGUCAUUGUAGAAGAUAUGGACCAAAGGUUCGCGAAUUGUUUAAUUAAUUUUGAGUUAAUUAAUUAUCUAAUUAGGGUGUUGGAUUUGGAAUCGGAGCUGGUUCAUUGACAAUGGAUACUGGAGAGAAAUUCGGAAAUACCGAAGUUGAUAUGACGUUCGUUUUUUUUAUUUUCAAGAUGUUUUUGUUACUAAUAUCUUUGUCCACGUGCUUGCUAUACUAAAAUUGGGAAAAUUUUAAAAAAUAAAUUGUCGAUCCACUUCUCUCAUUAAAAAAUUCCACAAAAUUCUCAAUUCCCCUUCUAAAACUCUGAAAUUAAUCAGACAUGUGCAACAAAUUAUUGGAUUCAUGUACUGUUGCUCCACACGAAGCUGAACUUUAUUGCAAACAAUGUCACGGUCGAAAAUACGGACCAAAAGGAGUUGGAUUUGGACUUGGGGCUGGAUGUUUGACAACUGAUAGUGGAGAGAAAUUCGGAGGAGCUAAACAAGUGUAAAUGAAGAGAGAAGAGAGAAAAAGGUUGAGAUGAUGUGGUUUGGUGUGAUUUUAGAGUGACUAGAGAUAGAUUAACUAACAAAGGAACUUUGCUGGAAAUUUGUGAAUUAUUUAGUUUUCAUUUUUAUUUUGAAUUCCACGACAUAAUCUUCAGAAAAAUUAAUUUUUCGAGCCAAAAUUGGGAAUUUCCAGAACUUUCCAAAUGUUUUUCUGAACAAUUCUGAAAAUUCAAAAAUGUUUUUUUUAAGUUAAAAUUUUGUUUAAAAAUGUCACGUGGCAAAAUUUCCUAGAAUCAAAAAAGUUUCGAAAUAUUUUUUCAAAAUUUCAUGAGAAAAUCUUGUUAAAAAAUCAUAUUGUUUGUGAAAGCUGGAAUUUUUUUUGAAAAAAUCCUGAAAAUCUGAAAUCCUCAGAAAACUGGAAUUUCAUAACAUUCUUCGACUUUCAGAGGAAAUUUUACACCCAUCCAAAAUUUUCAGCAAUUUCCAAAGCUUCCAUCCAGAAUAUCAACUAACCUCUUUAAGAAGCUCCCAAGAGCAAUUUUCGUUUUCAGCAAGUUUCCAUACCAGCGCAUGUGACUAAACCAUCUAACCAUUUUCUUUUUUCCUUGUCUCCUCACAUUCCCUCAAAAAUCCAAUUUUUCAGAAAUCGUCCAAUGACUGCUGAAGCCUUCACAGCUCCAAUCAAUCCAUCGCAUAGUUAA